GAGCUGAUAAAAGGCGUCGCGGAGGGCGCUCGGUGCCGCUCCCGCUCCGCCGCUCGCUCCGCUCCUCCUCGCCCGCCGCCGCCGCCGCCCAUGGUGCUGCCCGGCCCGGCCGGCAUGUCCCGCUCCGAGGAGGUUCACCGCCUCACCGAGAAUGUCUACAAGACAAUUAUGGAGCAGUUCAAUCCCAGCCUCAGGAAUUUCAUUUCUAUGGGGAAGACCUAUGAAAAAGCCUUAGCAAGUAUGACAUAUGCAGCAAAAGGAUACUUUGAUGCUCUGGUUAAGAUGGGAGAGUUGGCCAGUGAAAGCCAAGGAUCUAAAGAACUGGGAGAUGUGCUCUUCCAGAUGGCAGAGGUCCACCGGCAGAUCCAGAACCAGCUGGAGGAGAUGCUCAAGUCCUUCCACAACGAGCUCCUGACGCAGCUGGAGCAGAAGGUGGAGCUGGACUCCCGCUACCUGAGUGCUGCGCUGAAAAAAUACCAGACAGAGCAAAGGAGCAAAGGGGACUCACUGGACAAGUGCCAGGCAGAGCUGAAGAAGCUUCGGAAGAAGAGCCAAGGCAGCAAAAACCCCCAGAAGUACUCGGACAAGGAGCUGCAGUACAUUGAAGCCAUCAGCAACAAGCAAGGUGAGCUGGAAAACUACGUCUCUGAUGGCUAUAAGACAGCUCUCACAGAAGAGAGGAGACGGUUCUGCUUCCUGGUGGAGAAACAGUGUGCAGUAGCCAAGAGUGCGAUCACCUACCAUGCCAAGGGGAAGGAGAUGCUGACGCAGAAGCUGCCGCUGUGGCAGCAGUCCUGCUCGGAUCCCAACAAGAUCCCGGACCGCGCUAUCCAACUGAUGCAGCAGAUGGCUGCCAGCAGCAAUGGCACCAUUAUGCCCAGCCCUCUGUCUACAUCCAAAUCCAACCUCAUCAUCUCUGACCCCAUCCCUGGUGCCAAACCUCUCCCUGUCCCCCCGGAGCUGGCACCUUUUGUAGGACGCAUGUCGGCGCAGGAGGCCAUGCCGGUGAUGAACGGAGUCUCAGGCGCAGACAGUGACGGGUACAACCACUGGUCUGAGAUGAAGCCAGCACAGCCCAAAUCUUUAUCUCCUCCCCAGCCUCAGAAGCAGCUGAGUGACUCUUACUCCAACACACUCCCAGUUCGCAAAAACGUGCCACCGAAAAACAGCUACGCCUCAGCUGAAAACAAGACACUGCCACGGUCCAGCUCCAUGGCCGCAGGGCUCGAGAGGAACGGCAGGACGAGGGUGCAGGCCAUUUUCUCUCACGCUGCCGGAGAUAACAGCACCCUCCUGAGCUUCAAGGAGGGCGAUCUCAUCACGCUGCUGGUGCCCGAGGCGCGGGACGGCUGGCACUAUGGGGAGAGCGAGAAGACAAAGCUGAGGGGCUGGUUUCCUUUCUCCUACACACGGGUCCUUGACAAUGAUGGCAGCGAGCGGGUCCACACGAGCCUGCAGCAAGGGAAGAGCAGCAGCACCGGCAACCUGCUGGAUAAGGACGACAUCUCCAUCCCACCGCCGGACUACGGCAUGGCCUCCCAAGCCUUCCCGGCACAAGGUGCCAACACCUUCAAGCAGAGGCCGUACAGCGUGGCCGUGCCUGCCUUCUCCCAGGACUACCUAAUGCCCUAUGGUUGUGCAAUUAAAGACUAUUCCAGUGGCCUCUGCCAACCACCCUCCGCCCACUACAAGCCUUACACUAGGUCGACAGCAGGUCUCGAUGACUACGGGACGAGGUCCGUCAGCAGUGGCAGUGGCAGUUUGGUAUCAACGGUGUGAGGACACCUUGGCUAGCGGCUGCUUGGAAGAGCUUUCUGCUUCUUUCCCCACUUCUUUUUGUUUCUCUUUCCCCCUCAUUUCUCUUUCUCUACUUCCUUUGGAUUUUAAACUCUUGUGAUCUUCAAGGAAACCAUGGUGCUUCUCCACCCCCCCCCCGGUGUUCACAGUGCCCUUGUUUCUGAAGCCUUUUUCCGAGCAGAAACUGCCGCUGGGGCUGUGCUCGCUUUGCAGCAGCCCGGAUGCAGUUGACACGUUAGUGGGACCCGGUUUUUUGUACCCCCUGUGACCGUUAGCGAUGCACUAUCACCCCUCCUCCGGGGCUGCCAGCGCCUCGCACGAGCCUGGACACAACCUCCCACACUGGAACAAAUAUGCAUGGCCUCUGGUGUCCGUACUGUUACUGAGCAUCCGGGAUGCCCGCACCCGGGAUGCUGUUCCCAGCCUCAUCCGCUUCCACCCAACCACCCACUGCGGUGGCUUUGGGAGAAGGGGAUAGCGCAGAGCCCCCCGCCCCGGGGAAAGGGCUGCUUUAGGGCUGGGGUCCCGCCGGCCGUGGGGCGCAGCCGGCAGCCCCCCUGGAAGGGUUAUUCCUGGUUGUUUUAUAAAUAUAUAUAUAUAUUUUUUGUAGCAAGGUAUUGUUACCUCACGUCAGCGCUGGGGCGGGUGCGGGGCCGCAUCCCUACACCCGGCUUGGCCGGGGAGGGGGUUCGGCAGCACCCGGGGGUCUCCCCUCGGCACUCGGGGUGCAGAGCCCUUCCCGUGCCCGUCUCCACUGCAAAGCUGUCCACGCUUUCUUUUUCUGGUGUGGUUUUUACAACCCGUCACAUUGCCUGUUUACUGGGACAUUGCUGGCAAUAGACACACACACACGGACACGGCUUUGUUUUCUAUACUCGCCUAUGGGCAGACUGUAACAAGACCCUCUUGCAUCGAUGUCCUUUUGCUAAAGAUUUUUAACACAGGAUAUUUCAUGCUGAAUGACUACAUGUAGAAGGGGGGGGGGUGAAACCCCACCCCAGCCUAGUGAAGCCUGUAUGGAGAUUGUAAAGUGCUGAAAACCCUUUUUUAAAAGCCAGAGAGAGAAAUGUGCCCUGUACUGAGUUCUUGUUUGAAUAAAAGUUUUAUUUAUUGCAUUGA